AUGGCUGACACCUCGCAACCCGGCCCGGGGGGGUUCUUCCCCUCGCAGACCCUCCCUUCACCAGCUCCCAGCAGCUCAUCUACCCGUUCUAGUGCGGGCCUCCCCCAUCCUCGUGCCAAAUCCCUGCGGCCAGGAUCGAGUAAAGAAGACACAGUCCGCCGAUACGUUGGGGAACGACUGGCAGUAGUCAACCGUCGCUUUGUUAAGAAACACGGCAAUCCUGAGCCGGGCGACGAUGUUGUUGGCUAUAAGACCUUCGCAGAGCUGUGCAAAGACCUGCACGGCGUCAUCGAUGUUCUCUGGCUAUCCGCAACACCGAGCCUGCAAAUCCCCUUCCUCUUGAAUAUCGCUGGCGAUUUCACUCAAUGGAUCGUCGCCUUCCCGCCCUCUCCGAGAGCUACGUUUUCUGUUCUCACCAAGCUCGACCAUUGUUUUGCAAGUCUUCUGACUGGCCGAGACAUCGACACUGGCGACUCUUUGCCCGGGUUUGAGAACGGCCUCAGGGCAGGAAUGACCACCACCGACAUGGUCCGCUGUCGAAGCUCCGUAGAGCAUACUCGACUAGUGAUUGUCGAAGUUCUUGGCAGAGAGCCAGACAACGACGGCGAAGAGGAAGAAGACUUCGACACUGAAGCAGAAAGCGACGAUCGCGCCAGAUUGGUUUGGGAUGAGGAUGACGACAGACUAUAUAUGGACGUCGCGCGAGUGUACGAGCACACAAUCGUCCAACUUGGCAAAAAGCUCGGGGAUGUCCUCGGCGCAACUCCUCAGCCAGACCAGAUACUAGAUGGCGGCCAAUGCUGA